AGGUUUUUGUAAUGGGAAGAAAAUUGGCGUGACGGCGUGUUUUUAGCUGCAAAUGCCCUCUGGGCCCCACUUUGGACAAAGCUGCGUUAGGAACAAUGCAACCGGAAAAUAAUUAAAUGAACUGACCAAUCAGCAUUGAUGUAGUUGAACGCUGAGUAAGCGGUUUUUACCUGGAAGGUACGUAGUCUGAGCCAUAAACAAUUCAUACGGGAGUAAUUUUAUUGUGUAAUUUGCUUUGGCCAGCAAGUGGCUAAUUAUGUAAUAAGUCUAGCUUUGCUCCGUUGCAGUGGCUUUCGAUAACGACUACGGAGGGCCACGAAGUCACCGCAAAAGGUUUCUUUGUACCUGUCAGACAAACACCAGGGUUAUUUAGGCCACUUCAUGGACUGUCCCUUUAAGAGGAUAAAGCCUGCGGCUGCGCAGUGAGCGUCGCUCAGCUCAGCCGCGCUAUAACAUUAUUGACGGGGACGUUGUAACUAAAGACACAAUCAGCGUGUUUGUUAUUUUUUUAUACUUAUAAAUGUAGAAAAUUACAUUGUGAGAAAUGUAAUUCUUCGACCUGUCAAUUCUUCAGUCUGUUUCUGUUUCGAUUUCAAUAUCAGAGCUCCACAGGAAGACGUGACGUCGGUGAUGGAGGACAAGCGCAAGAAGCGCAGCCCCAAGGUGUCCCUCCCGCAGCCCCCUCCUCCGCCCAUCAACCCACGCAAGCUCUCUGCCCUGCCAGCCAGCAAAAGCGCCACCUUCUCUCUCGGCCUGCCGCAGCCGCCGUCCCCGAAAAACCGAGGGAAGUACAAAAGGUCAGUGGGGGCGGCAGGUCAGCCCAAAGAGGUGUUUGCUGGUGUCGUCGCUCCACCGAAGACCGCCAGGACUCAUAAGGAGAAGCCCCGGGCCCCCCAGCCCGCAGGGCCCAGUAAAGUGGUCCAGUCCUCGCCGCUGCAGCACUCCUUCCUUACAGAUGUGUCUGAUGUGAGAGAGAUGGAGGGAGGCCUCCUAAACCUCCUCAACGACUUUCACUCGGGGAAACUGCAGGCGUUUGGUAAGGUGUGUUCCUUCGAGCAGCUGGAGCACGUGCGUGAGAUGCAGGAGAAGUUGGCGCGACUUCACUUCAGCCUGGACAGCCAUGUGGAGGAGCUCUCGGAGGACCAGAGGAAGUGCGCCUCUGACCACAACCUGGAACACCUGCUGUGCAAUUUGGAGGAGCUCAGCACCUCCAUACAAAAGCUCCACUUGGCUGAGAACCAGGAACUGCCCAAGACAUCUGCUCCCUGAUGGAGGACGCAGAAAUCCCUGCAGAACAGGUUGCCAUGGCGAUCCUCCCCACAGCCGCCCUUGUAACACAAUGGACACGUAGGAACAAACCAGUUGAAUGCAUUUCUUCUUCUUCAAUCUAUUUUGCAAUGCAAAAUGAGGAACAGACAUUCAUUUGUUGUAUGAUACAUUUAAAAAUCUCUGCUGAGAUUUUAAAGCAAGAGGACAGUGUCUAGAAUUGUACCUAGAAAUGUGCGGAAUCUUCGAAUUAUUUUUACAAGGAUUUUUUUCUGGAUAUAAAAAAAUGGCAGCUAUUUCCAAAUGUUAUUGAAUUGCAUCUGUGAGAUCAUGUUCAAUAUGAAAUGUGUUCCUAGACAAUACUUUGAAGUUAGUACUGGCAGAGGAAUCUCGCUUUAUAAACAUAACUGGGAUUUAAAAAACAGAACUACAA